AUGGAGUCCGCGCAGUCUCUCCGCUGUGCACCGACGCGCCGGUCUCUUAAGUUUAAUGCGAGCGACAGCGCCAGGCACUUCCUUGCCUUUGACCCCUCCAUUAGUAAGCACGAUCGCAUGAUCCUCUACAUGGGGUUGUUCGCCUUCAUGCAGUACUUUACGGAUCCCAAGACCUUGCCAAACUUCGCGCCUGCACGGUAUGUGCCUGAGCAGUAUGUUGAGCUGCGCGUUUUGACGGACCCGCGCCACCCCGCAUACGGACAGCUGGGCCUUUUCGCCAAGAGCACCAUCCCCGCCAACACCGUCGUGACACCCUAUAGCGGCUAUAUUGAAAUCUUCAGCACCUCUUGUAGCUCGAGAACCUACACGAUGGGGUUUGGUUCUCUCGGGGAUGACUAUGCAUUGGACGCCGAGUUUGCCGGCAACUACGGACGCUUUGCGAAUGACCCUCGCGGCGUUCUCGGGCUGAUGGCGAAUCUUACCGCGGAGAGUCGUUUUACGCCACGCGGUGAGGCGUACACGGCUCUUGUUUCCAGACGAGUUAUCAACAAGGGCGAGGAGAUUUUGAUGUCGUACGGCAAGGCGCAUAGCCUCACGCCUAGUCCUUGGGUGGGGCUGAAAGGAGAGCUGCUGACCCGCCAUCGGGCGGGUGGCAUUGUCCCCUUUCCGCAGCUUGCGCGCAGUCAGAGAGCUGGGUUGCGCGAGAAGCCAGCCAGGGCCCCAUCGGACAUGAGCCUCACUGCUCUUGGCGCACGUGAAGGCCGCGAUGGUGUCGUGCAGGAGCAGACGGAGGGGCUACCGAAAUUGGGCGGGGAGCCUGGUGCUAGUUCUGCCGUCGCGGAUGCGCAGGCGGAGAUGGUGCUACUCUGGGAGUGCCCGCAGUGUGGCAUGUGGAGCAUUGGAAAUCCCACGCCCGUGCGCAUCCACCACUGCUUCUUUUGCCGUUCCCCUCGACACCAGCGGGCCCGUCUGGUGGCGGUGUGUUGCACCCCCGCAUUGUCGCGCGAGGAUGUGCUGGCGUCGGUCAUGCACGGCGUGGCGUCGGCGCCGUCGGCGCCGUCGUCGCCGCUGGGGGAGCUGCCGCCCGCUGCGCCCUUUCAACCCGCGCCCGAGGAGGUCUGCAGUGCGCCAGGCUCGCGGCUUACCUCCUCUUCUUCCUCCGCCUCCUCCUCCUCCUCGAGGGAAGAGGAGGGGAGUGGUGCCAGACACGACGCGAAAAGCAACGGCGCGGGGGCCUCGAGCGGGGGCGACACGCACUUCCCGCCGGCCGUCCCAUUUAGCUCGGAGGCGGUGCGUUGGCCCCUCAACGUCCCGUUCCUCCCCUGGCAGGUGUGGGACGCCGCGAUUCCGCUCUCGGCCAUCAAAAAACACGCCAGGUUUGAGACACAAGAGAACAUCUUUUUGUACGCCGUCACGACCGCCGCCGAGGAGGAGCAUCGGCUGACGGGUGAAGGCAAGCGGGCCAGAGACGAGGCGGAGGCAGACGAGCAACAACAGCAGGAGCGUCAGCCACGGAAGCGGGGACGAAAGCCGCGCGUGCGGCGAAAAAAAGAGGAGUUGUGGCAAACAGAGGCACCGCCACCAAACGGUGCGCAGCAGCAACUACAACAAGAAACUGAUACGGUGACGGUCUCGGCUUCAACGACGAAAUGCUCCGGCGAACAUGUGCCUACGGAUAGCAGUAGCGCUACGGAAUACCUCUUCUACGUUGACAGCGCUGCUUCGUGUGGCGAGAAUCUGCCCAGCGGCGACGACGACAACAGCGAGGAGGCCGCUGCUCUGAUUGCGUUGCAGUCUCUAUUGAAGGGUGUUCUGCGUCGGGUGUUUGCAGGUAAGUCGUACCACUGCGGUGAAGUGGUGGCCUCGGUGGGUGGGAUGAUCCUGCCCACUGCGGACAGGCGACAUCGACCUGACAGCUCCGUACUGGAGAUACCGAUGAAGUACUUUCUGCCGGCGCCGAUUCGUCGCCAGUUGGGCGGCGCGCCAGCACGCGGUACAGGAGAAACACAUAAUGAGAUGCAAGAUGAGGAGAAGAUGAUAUUUUCCGAUCUCCUUGGCCGUCUUGAGGGUCUUUCGCUGGUUGUAACGAAUGAGCUGAUGUUCUGCCCUUGCCUUGUGCUGCGAGACGAGGAAGACCCGCAUAGGAAUCAUAGAGGCACGGAUGAUGUUGGAGACUUGGGGGAUGACUUACCGAGGCGCCAUCCGCUGCUUGAACGGUGUAACGUCAGCUUUGUACUCACGAUGGACAGCCUUGGGUGCCCAUACGUCGCGGUGGUCGCCGUGCGGGACAUCAGCACCUUUGAGCCACUGCUGGCCUCUAUUGGCUGUUGA